AUGGCAGAGGGAAAAAGGCUGGCACCAAUCCCAGGUCCUCGGGGCCUGCCGCUUCUUGGCAACCUCUUCGACGUUAAUUCCGAAUUGCCCAUUAGCUCACAGUUGCAGUUUGCCGACACGUAUGGCGAGAUCUUCCAACUGAACUUUCCCACCAUCAACAUCGUGUUUGCUGAUGGGAUCCCACGCCCACCGAGUUUGUGCACCCGAGCACUAGUCCACGAGCUCUGCGACGAGUCGAGGUUCGAAAAGAGCGUCGGAGGUCCUGUGGAAGAAGUCCGCCACGCGGUGCACGAUGGGCUCUUCACGGCCCGGUCUCUCGGGUCGGGAGAGAUGGAGCCCAACUGGGGCGUUGCACACAGGAUUCUCAUGCCUGACUUUGGGCCCCUGUUGAUCCAGGGAAUGUUCGCCGAGAUGCACGAGGCUCGCCAUGGUCCCGCCGAGGCCAUCAUGGUCAGCGAGGAUUUUACCCGCCUGACGCUCGACACGCUGGCCCUGUGCUCGAUGAACUUCCGCUUCAACUCGUACUACCACGGCAACCUCCACCCCUUCAUCAAUGCCAUGAACGAAUUUCUCGUCGAGAGCGGCAACCGCUUCCCGAGGCCGGCCGUCGCCAACAAUGUCAUCUUCCGCCAGGCAACCAACAAGUUCUGGAGCGACAUCCAGACGAUGCGCGAGACGGUCCAAGCAGUCGUCCGGUCGCGAAAGGAGGACGCUGGAAGCGCCCGCAGGGACCUCUUGUCGGCCAUGCUGGACGGCGUGGACCCCAAGACGGGGGGCAAGCUGAGCGACGACAGCAUCAUCGACAACCUCAUCACCUUUCUCAUCGCCGGCCACGAGACCACGUCGGGCAUGCUGAGCUUUGCCUUCUACCAGCUGAUCAAGCACCGCGAGGCCUACCGCAGGGCCCAGGAGGAAGUCGACGACCUUCUUAGCACGGGGCCCAUCAGGGCCGAGCACAUGAACAAGCUGCCGUAUUUGUCGGCCGUCCUGCGCGAGACACUCCGCCUCAAUCCCACCAUCCCCAUCAUUUCCCUGCGUGCAAGGAAGGAUGACGUGAUUGGCGGCAAGUACGCCAUAUCCAAAGACCAGAUUGUCCUGGCAUUCCUGGCCAAGACCCACUUGGACCCUCGCGUCUUUGGAGAGACGGCCUCCGAGUUCGACCCGGAGCGGAUGCUGGAUGCCAGCUUUGAGCGCCGGAACAAGGAGUUCCCCGACAACUGGAAGCCAUUCGGCAACGGCAUGCGCGCCUGCAUCGGCCGGGCCUUUGCCUGGCAGGAACCGCUUCUGGUCAUGGCCAUGCUGCUGCAAAGCUUCAACUUUGUGCUCCACGACCCCGACUACGUGCUCCAGAUCAAGCAGACACUGACCAUCAAGCCCAAGGGCUUCCACAUGCGCGCCGUGAUCCGGAACGGCCUGACGCCCACCGAGCUGGAGCACCGCCUGUCGGGCCAGGCUGCCACGAUAGAUUCAGAAUCGGCGGCAUCUCGGGCCGAGGCCAAUAACGGGGACCGGGGAGGGGCGAGGCAAGAAGCGUUGAAGCCACUGAGCAUCUACUACGGUUCCAACUCGGGGACUUGCGAGAGUCUAGCCCAGCGCCUAGCCGCAGAUGCCCCGUCGCACGGUUUCGCAGUGACAGGGGUCGACGCCCUGGACGCGGCCAACCAGAACCUGGCCAAGGACCAACCCGUUGUCAUCAUUACGGCCUCGUAUGAAGGGCUGCCGCCCAGCAAUGCGGCACUGUUCUGCGGCUGGCUCGCCAGCCUCGAGGGCUCCGAGCUUGACGGCCUGUCGUACGCCGUCUACGGCUGCGGCCACCACGAUCGGACGCAGACCUUCCACCGCGUCCCAAAGCUGGUCGAUACCACAAUCCGAGCCCGCGGCGGCUCGCGCAUCUUGGGAGUAGACGUUUUCUGGCCGGCCAUGAGGGUCAAGUACGGCGCAGCAGAGACCGCCCAUGGCGAGGCCACCCAUGGCGAGGCUACCUAUGGCGAGGCCACCCAUGGCGAAGGCCAGCUUGCGUCAGCGCUCCCGGUGCAUUUCUCAGCCCCGCGGUCGUCGACUCUCCGCCAGGAUGUGAGAGAGGCCGCCGUCGUGUCUACCAAGACGCUGACCGGCCCCGGAGGCGCUCCAAAGAGAUACCUUGAGAUACAGAUGCCCGACGGCAUGGCGUACCGAGCGGGCGACUACCUCGCUGUGCUGCCUGUGAAUCUAAAGGAAAGUAUUGACCGAGCUCUGCAGCAGUUCCAGCUGGCCCGCGACGCCUACAUCACCAUUGAAGCCGACAGACAGACUACGGUGCCCACCAACUCGUCGGUGCCAGUCUACGACUUGCGCGGGUACUAUGUCGAGCUGGCGCAGCCCGCCACGAAGAGGGGCAUCCCCGCCCUCCACGAGGCCGCCCUCCACGAGGCCGCCAAGCAGCAGCUGCAAGCCCUGGCCGGACCUCUGUACACGUCCGAGACAGCAGCCAAGCGCGUUUCCAUCCUCGAUCUGCUGCACUGGUUCCCGUCGGUUGACCUGUCGUUUUCGUCGGUCCUGGCACUGCUGCUGCCGAUGCGCGUGAGGCAGUACUCCAUCUCGUCGUCGCCACUAUGGGAUGCGCAGCGCACGACGCUGACGUACUCGGUGCUCGAGGAGCCGGCUCUGGCCGAUCCUCAGAACCGGCAGCACGUCGGCGUCGCGUCGUCGUACCUGGCCUCGCUGGCGCCGGGCGACAAGAUGCGUGUAUCGGUGCGCCUCUCGCACACCGCCUUCCACCUGCCGUCUGACGUCGACAAGACGCCCACCGUGUGCAUCUGCGCCGGCGCCGGCAUUGCCCCCUUCCGCGGCUUUAUGCAGGAGCGUGCCGUUCAGGUGGCUGCCGGCCGCAAUCUGGCUCCGGCUCUGCUGUUCUUCGGCUGCCGCGGCCCCAGCUCCGACGAUCUCUACCGAGACGAGCUCGACAAGUGGCAGGCCAUGGGUGCCGUCGACGUGCGCCGGGCCUACAGCCGCGUCAAUCUUGGCGACGGCAGCGGCAGCGCUGUCGGCGAGGCGUGUCGGUGUAGGUACGUCGACGAUAGGCUGUGGCAUGACCGCGUCGAUCUGAUGGAGCUGUGGGACCGCGGUGCCAAGGUCUUUGUCUGUGGCUCGCGGGGCAUGGGCGAGCGCGUCAAGAAGGUAUUCGUCAAGAUGCUGUCGCUUGAGCGCCAGGAUCAAAUUCCGGGCGAUGCCGGGUCCGGGCCCGGCUCUAGCCAGGAGCAACGCGCCCUCAAGUGGUUCGAAAGCAUUCGGAACGAGCGGUAUGCUACCGAGGUCUUUGACUAG